CAAUGAUUCAAUAGUCAGGUCAGCUUUAGAGUGUGUGAAUGGGUCUGUUGAAUGCUCAGUCUACCAAAACAUAUGUCUGUGAAAAGAUGCACUCUUGGAUAUUUCAUCAGCACUCAUCCAUGGUGACUGUGGCAUUGGGGAUUACUUUCAUUGCAAUAAGUAAUGAUUUGCUUCCAAGUCGAAUGGGCGUUCAGGCCUGGACUUAUAAUUACACCACAGACCCCUUGGACUGGGAUUCGGCUCGACUCUACUGCAAGAAGCACUUCACCGACAUGGUGGCAAUCCAGAACAAGGAUGAAAUCGCCUACCUCAACAAGACGCUGCCUAAGCCUGACAAAGGCUACUACUGGAUCGGCAUCCGGAAGCGGCAGGAGAAGUGGACCUGGGUGGGCACCAAUAAGGUCCUGACACCCGAGGCGGAGAACUGGGCCAUGGGGGAGCCCAAUGACUUGGGCGACGGGCAGGACUGUGUGGAGAUCUACAUCAAGAGACACAAGGACACGGCAAAAUGGAAUGAUGAAAACUGCAAGAACAAAAAGGGAACGAUCUGCUACACAGCCUCAUGCUCUAAGAAGUCCUGUCAGAAUGGGACGUGUGUGGAGACCAUUGGAGACUUUAAGUGCAGGUGUUACCUUGGCUUUGAAGGCCCUCGCUGUGAGAGAGCUGUGGAGUGUCCAGCAGUGUCUGAUGUCCCUAGUGGAGGAAGCAUGAACUGCAGUCACCCCAUUCCUCCCCACAGAUGCAACUCCACCUGUGAAUUCAGGUGUGAUGAAGGCUUCCUGCUCCAGGGAGCUCAGAGAACAGAAUGUGAUGCCACAGGCCAGUGGACACACCCAGCCCCCAACUGCACAGUGGUCACCUGUGAUCCUCUGCUGGUGCCUUCUGAAGUUCACUUCACCUGUGAAAACCCACUGGGUCCCUCAUCCUACAACUCUACCUGCAAUUUCUCCUGUAAGGCGGGUCAUACUCUGAAGGGACCAGCCAACCUCACCUGCCUGGCGUCUGGAGCCUGGUCAGCAGCAGCACCUGUGUGUGAAGUGGUACGCUGUGGCCAACUAAAUGACCCUCUUAAUGGCAAGCUACGGUGUCAGGACCCUUUGGAGAAGUUCAGCUACAACUCCACCUGCUGGUCAGAGUGUAAUAGCGGCUUCAUCCUCAAGGGAAGCAGCUCCACCCACUGCUCCACCCGAGGCCGGUGGAGCCAUGCCCUUCCUGUUUGCCAGGCUGUGGAGUGUCCAGCAGUGUCUGAUGCCCCCAGUGGAGGAAGAAUGAACUGCAGCCACCCCAUUUCUCCCAACAGCUUCAACUCCACCUGUGAAUUCAGGUGUGAUGAAGGCUUUCUGCUCCAGGGAGCUCAGAGCACAGAAUGUGACGCCACAGGCCAGUGGACACACCCAGCCCCCAACUGCACAGCUGUAAGGUGCGAGCAUUUAAAAGCCCCAUCAAACGGCACAUUAAGGUGUCAGGACCCCUUGGAGAAGUUCAGCUACAACUCCACCUGCUCGUCAGAGUGUAAUAGCGGCUUCAUCCUCAAGGGAAGCAGCUCCACACACUGUUCCGCCCGAGGCCGGUGGAGCCAUGCCCUUCCUGUUUGCCAGGUGGUCACCUGUGAUCCUCUGCUGGUGCCUUCUGAAGUUCACUUCACCUGUGAAAAUCCACUGGGUGCCUCAUCCUACAACUCUACCUGCAAUUUCACCUGUAAGGCGGGUCACACUCUGAAGGGACCAGCCAACCUCACCUGCCUGGCGUCUGGAGCCUGGUCAGCAGCAGCACCUGUGUGUGAAGUGGUACGCUGUGGCCAACUAAAUGACCCUCUUAAUGGCAAGCUACGGUGUCAGGACCCUUUGGAGAAGUUCAGCUACAACUCCACCUGCUGGUCAGAGUGUAAUAGCGGCUUCAUCCUCAAGGGAAGCAGCUCCACCCACUGCUCCACCCGAGGCCGGUGGAGCCAUGCCCUUCCUGUUUGCCAGGCUGUGGAGUGUCCAGCAGUGUCUGAUGCCCCCAGUGGAGGAAGCAUGAACUGCAGCCACCCCAUUUCUCCCAACAGCUUCAACUCCACCUGUGAAUUCAGGUGUGAUGAAGGCUUUCUGCUCCAGGGAGCUCAGAGCACAGAAUGUGACGCCACAGGCCAGUGGACACACCCAUCCCCCAACUGCACAGCUGUAAGGUGCGAGCAUUUAAAAGCCCCAUCAAACGGCACAUUAAGGUGUCAGGACCCCUUGGAGAAGUUCAGCUACAACUCCACCUGCUGGUCAGAGUGUGAUAGCGGCUUCAUCCUCAAGGGAAGCAGCUCCACCCACUGCUCCACCCGAGGCCGGUGGAGCCAUGCCCUUCCUGUUUGCCAGGUGGUCACCUGUGAUCCUCUGCUGGUGCCUUCUGAAGUUCACUUCACCUGUGAAAACCCACUGGGUCCCUCAUCCUACAACUCUACCUGCAAUUUCUCCUGUAAGGCGGGUCACACUCUGAAGGGACCAGCCAACCUCACCUGCCUGGCGUCUGGAGCCUGGUCAGCAGCAGCACCUGUGUGUGAAGUGGUACGCUGUGGCCAACUAAAUGCCCCUCUUAAUGGCAAGCUACGGUGUCAGGACCCCUUGGAGAAGUUCAGCUACAACUCCACCUGCUGGUCAGAGUGUGAUAGCGGCUUCAUCCUCAAGGGAAGCAGCUCCACGCACUGCUCCACCCGAGGCCAGUGGAGCCAUGCCCUUCCUGUUUGCCAGGCUGUGGAGUGUCCAGCAGUGUCUGAUGUCCCCAGUGGAGGAAGCAUGAACUGCAGCCACCCCAUUUCUCCCAACAGCUUCAACUCCACCUGUGAAUUCAGGUGUGAUGAAGGCUUUCUGCUCCAGGGAGCUCAGAGCACAGAAUGUGACGCCACAGGCCAGUGGACACACCCAGCCCCCAACUGCACAGUGAUAGAGAGACCAUUGGGUGCUGCUCUGCUAAUGUACACAGCAGUGGGCACUGCCUCUGUACUUGGCCUGUUUGGUUUGAUUGGUGUAGGACUGUUUGUGCGACACCUUAUGACUAAGAAAGCCAGUAGCAGUAUGGGCGAGACAUUGUGGAAUACUGGAAUCAAUCCAGUAUUUGACGUCAAUAUUUGAUGACAGAAACAAAUAAAUGCACAUUCAAAUGAACAUAGGGCAAAUAUAUGAAAUACAGUAUGUGUUCAAAUUUGUUAUUAUGAAAUAAAUGAUGAUGAUGAUGAUGA